UCUAUGUGAUGCAUUUCCGGAGUGCCGCGGCGCCUGCUUUCUGCGUUGGCGGAGCUUCAGUACUUAUGGACGGCGGGAGACCUCUGUGUUCUUCUGUGUGGUAGUGCCACUCUCAAUCCGGAGGCUAUGGGAGUGACCUGUGUGUCCCAGAUGCCUGUGGCUGAGGGCAAGAGUGUCCAGCAGACGGUGGAGCUCCUCACCCGCAAACUGGAGAUGCUGGGGGCAGAGAAGCAGGGGACGUUCUGUGUAGACUGUGAGACUUACCAUACAGCUGCCUCCACUCUUGGCAGCCAAGUGUGGGCUGUCUCCGCAGGUCAGGCCGGGAAGCUGAUGUACGUGAUGCACAACUCCGAGUACCCACUGAGCUGCUUCGCCCUCUUUGAGAACGGCCCGUGCCUCACCGCUGACUCCAACUUCGAUGUGCUCAUGGUGAAGCUCAAGGGCUUCUUCCAGAGCGCCAAGGCCAGUAAGAUCGAGACCCGCGGCACCCGCUACCAGUACUGCGACUUUCUGGUGAAGGUGGGCACGGUCACAAUGGGGCCCAGUGCUCGGGGCAUCUCCGUGGAGGUGGAGUACGGCCCCUGUGUGGUGGCUAGUGACUGCUGGAGCCUGCUGCUGGAGUUCCUGCAGAGUUUUCUGGGCAGCCACACUCCAGGGGCUCCUGCAGUGUUUGGGAACAGACACGAUGCCGUCUAUGGCUCCGCAGACACCAUGGUCCAGUACAUGGAACUCUUCAACAAGAUCCGAAAGCAGCAGCAGGUGCCAGUGGCUGGAAUUCGGUAGCAGCUGGCAGGUGCCAGCUAGACCACACAAGGGGGCUGCACCUCACUGCUCCAGACCCUGAGACCAGCGAGACAUGGGUUUUCCUCUCCCUCUCCUUCCCAGCUUGGCUGUGUUUGGCUCUGCGCCCCUUCCCCUCCCGUCAGACCUUCCCCAGGCCUCUAGCAGUUGCUGUAUGGGAUUUGUCCUGUCCUCAAGAACAGGAUCUGGGAAGCAUGGAGACAUUGGCCUUCUGCUGCUUUAGGGGAGAGGUAGAACAUGGUGUUCCUGCCUAUCUUCCAAAGGGAGCAGUGUGUGCCUCAGCUCUGAGGGUUCAGCCUAGGCCCAGGGGCCUUACUGUGCUGAGCCCCUCCUGGAGGCAGACGGUGGCACAGCUGCCAGGGUGUCUCUGGUUUUGUGACCUGUUGGCCAUAGUGGUUUGGGGAACUGACUUUCCAGGGGUGUGGUCUGAGUCCUUUGAGCUCUUCUGACAGCUUUCCCUUUGGUUGUGAAUUAUGUGAAGCCACAGGCUAAAUUAUUGUAAUGGAAUCCAAAGGGCAUGGCCUCUCACUAGAUAGAAGUAAGAGGCCAGGUAGAUUUAAUUCAGCAAGGUCAUCCAGCACUUGCUUUCCUCAUUUUUUUCUUUUCUUUUUUUUUUUUUGGUACUGGGAUUGAACUCAGGACCUUGUACUUACAAGGCAGGCGUGGUGCCACUGAGCUACAUCCCUGCGGUUUCCUUAUUCUUGUUCAGCCACCCCAGGGUGUUAUCCUACCCACAAGGCCAGAGCAGGCUUACAAGCUCCGUAUCCACAUUCCACUGGGGAAACAAAAA